AUGGCUGGCAUUUUGUCCAGGCACACCAGCCCAUGGCACCGGCAGCAGCAGAACACAUCCGUUAACCCACUAUUUGGGACUAUCUAUAACAGCAUCUACCUGGUGGCCAAGUCCAUCCACAAUGUCAGGAAGGCAGGAGAGCUGCUGUCAGGAGUCAACCUGGCGUACUUCACAAAGAACACAAACUUCACCGGCUUCAACCAGAGGAUCACGGUGGACGCUGCUGGGGACGUUCUGACCAAGUACGUCAUCCUGGACUCUAACGGCAUUGGGAGCCAGCUCUACCAGACCUUUCUUUUGGACCUUAAGACCAGAGUGCUUAGUUUUGCUGGCAAUUCCAUUCAUUAUCCUGGAGGAUAUCCUCCGCCAUCUGAUUCAAACUGCUGGUUUGACAAAAACGCACUCUGCACUGGAGGUGUGGAGGUCACCUACAUCAUAGUGGUGUUUGCUGUCAUCUUGUCUUUGGCUGUUGGAGGGCUCCUUAUUGGUCUUUACAUCAGGAGGAGACUCCAACAAAUCCGACUGCUCAAAGGUCCUAAUCGGAUACUCCUGACUUUAGAAGAUCUCACGUUUAUCGAUCCUCAGCCAAGCAACAAGAAACUUAAUUUAGAAGAUCUAGGCGACUCAAAGAGUGCUAUAGAGGAGAAAUCUGGAGACCGCUCACACUCUGUAAACAGCUUACAGACAACCACUCAUGAGACCACCAAUGUAGCCGUGUACGAGGGCGACUGGGUGUGGCUGAGGAAAUUUAAGAAGGGUCAGUUCAAAGAAGUGAAGCAGAGCACCACUAGGAUUUUCACAAAGAUGAAAGACCUGAGAAACGAGAACGUGAAUCCGUUCCUUGGCUUCUUCCUGGACUGCUCUAUGUUUGCGGUGGUGACGGAGCACUGCUCCCGGGGCAGUCUGCAGGACCUGCUGAGAAAAGAGGAUGUCAAAUUAGACUGGAUGUUCAAGUCCUCGCUUUUGCUCGACCUCAUCAAGGGUAUGAAAUACCUUCACCACAAAGAAUUCCCCCAUGGCAGACUUAAAUCUCGUAACUGUGUGGUGGACGGGCGUUUUGUCCUGAAGAUUACUGACCAUGGCUUCAAUGAGCUGCUGGAUGCUCAAAAAGCUCCUUUAGAAGAACCUCCACCUGAAGAGUUAUUUUGGACAGCUCCAGAGUUCUUAAGGGACACUGCGAACUCACGCAAAGGCACCUACAAAGGAGACGUGUACAGCUUCUCCAUCAUCCUUCAGGAGGUGGUGGUCAGAGGGCUUCCAUACUGCAUGCUGGGUCUGACACCCGAGGAGAUCAUCCGUAAGGUGAAGAAGCCCCCGCCCAUGUGCCGUCCCACUGUGGCCCCGGACCAGGCUCCUCUGGAGUGUAUCCAGCUGAUGAAGCAGUGCUGGAGCGAAAUGCCAGAGCGCCGACCAUCAUUUCAUGAGAUCUUUGACAGGUUCAAGAUAAUCAACAAGGGGAAGAAGACAAACAUAAUUGACUCCAUGCUGCGGAUGCUGGAGCAGUACAGCUCCAACCUGGAGGAUCUCAUCAGAGAGAGAACAGAAGAGCUGGAGGCGGAAAAACAAAGAACAGAAAAACUGCUGUCCGAGAUGCUGCCACCAUCUGUUGCCGAGGCCCUGAAGACCGGAGCCACAGUGGAGCCAGAGUACUUCGACCAGGUGACGAUCUACUUCAGCGACAUCGUAGGUUUCACCACCAUCUCCUCGCUCAGUGAUCCCAUCGAGGUGGUUGACCUUCUGAAUGACCUCUACUCUCUGUUUGACGCCGUGCUCAGCAACCAUGAUGUCUACAAGGUGGAGACCAUUGGGGAUGCUUACAUGGUAGCAUCUGGUUUGCCCAAAAGAAAUGGCAACAAGCACGCUGCUGAGAUUGCCAACAUGUCCCUGAACAUUCUCAGCUCGGUGGGAACCUUCCACAUGCGGCACAUGCCAAACGUGCCCGUCAGGAUACGCAUAGGCAUCCAUUCAGGGCCCUGUGUUGCUGGAGUGGUCGGUCUGACGAUGCCUCGGUACUGCCUUUUUGGAGACACCGUCAACACUGCGUCCCGUAUGGAAUCCACUGGGCUGCCUUAUAGAAUCCAUGUUAACGUGAACACUGUGAAAAUCCUCCAUUCUCUAAAUGAAGGUUAUAAAAUAGAUGUGAGAGGCAAGACAGAGCUGAAGGGUAAAGGUAUUGAAGAGACAUACUGGCUUGUAGGGAAAACAAACUUUACAAAGCCUUUGCCAAGUCCGCCAGAGAUCAAACCGGGGGAAGACAGCCACGGUCUGAACCCUGAGGAUAUAGCUGAGUACAAGAGAAAGAAAGCUGAGAAAAAGGCUUGACUCUCUCGGUCCAAAAACAGGAGGGACAACUGGCAGGAAAUGGUGACUGAGGAGAUCAAGACUCUUUUUCGCGAGGCCAACAGGCAGGUGGAUAAA